AAAACUGAUCUCAGGAUAUUACAUGGGUAGUCCUCACGUAAACAUUGGUCGAGUUAAAAGUGUAAACCCCGUUUGUUUGCGAAGUUUUUGGGAUGGUAAUGAGACAUCGGUGAUGUUUAAAUACGGACGUGUGAUAAACUGCUAGCACCAACACACUAGUUAGUGGAACUCUUCACUAGUAACUGUCAGUACCACUAAUGUAAUAGCGUUGUUUCCGAUGGAUUACCGUGGCAAUCGACUUUGUGGAAUUCUACUACAGCAGUACGAUCCAAUACUUUUGGACCAAUUCAAGCUCGAGAUGUCAUACGGAAUCGAGCGGUUCUUCCUGUUGUCGUACUGCCUGGCAUGCUGCUGGCCAGGGCUGGGAGCCAAGUCGGACCUGCGGGUAGUCCGGCAAUGGAGCGAGCUGGAAUUCGAGUUCCCCAACGACACCGCGCGUCAAAUCGCGACCGAGAGGCGGUAUUACGUCCCUGGCAACUCUGUGCCUAUUGAUGUGGAUGUCCAACAUAGACAAGGCUCGCAGAAAUCGCGCAUCUUCGUAACGGUUCCUCGGUUUGACGAAGGGCGGCCGGUGACCCUGGGCACAGUGGACGAGCUGGGCCGCAUCGUUGGGUACCCUGACUACGCCUGGAACGACAAUCAAGGACAGAACUGCGAUGGACUUACUUCAGUCUUCAGAGUUGCUAUAGACCAGUGCGACCGUCUAUGGGUGAUGGACGCGGGCAAGAUCGGCGACCUCCAGUACUGCCCGCCACAGUUGCUCGCCUUCGACCUUAACACCGACCAACUGAUCUACAGACACGUCGUCAACGCCUCCAACUACAUCGGAACAUCACUGUUUAUCACUCCAGUGGUCGACGUCAGAGGUUCUGCGGGUAACUGCCAAGACACUUUCGUAUACAUCGCCGAUGUAUCUGGUUUCGGAAUGCUGGUGGUCGAUGUGGCCAACGACCGCUCGUGGAGGGUCACGCACAGGCUGAUGUUCCCCUACCCUUCACACGGCACCUUUACUAUUGACGGUGAAAGCUUUGACCUGAUGGACGGUAUUUUGGGUAUGGCCCUGUCACCGUACCGCGAGGGACGAGACCGUUAUCUAUACUUCCACGCACUGGCUUCUAUUACUGAAAAUGUAGUGCGUACAAAAGUACUCAGGAAUGACUCCUUCAUUCACGACGUCAAUGCUGCUCCAGAUUCAAUUAAUGUGUUCCCUGAUGAGCGACCAAAUCAGUCAGCAGCCGAGGCCAUGGACGAUAAUGGUAUCCUGUACUUCGGUCUCAUGGAUCCGCCAAGUAUUUGGUGUUGGAACUCCGCUACCCGAUUUGAACCACGAAACUUCCACAAAGUCGCUGUGAACCAGGAAACCUUACAGUUUGCUAGCGGAGUCAAAGUAGUCAAAAACCUCAAGGGAGAACAAGAAUUGUGGGUCCUAACAUCUAGUUUCCAGAGAGUAAUGACAGGAACUCUCGACAGUAGUAGAGUAAACUUCAGAAUUCACGCAGAAAAGAUCCCAACAUUAUUAGCAAACUCCCCCUGUGGAAAUCCCCCAAAGGGGUACAAGCAUGGAUACCAUGCCAACCAAAUUAUUCCGAGCGGCGGAUAUCAUCAUGGACCACACAGGUAUGGCGCUGUAUCGUAUCUUUAGAGAUCCGCGCUUUAUCUGACCACAUGUUAAGUGGACUGACUUGGUACAACUGGCCAUAAGACUUCAUUACAUACAAAUAAAUAUAAUUUAUUUCAAGAAA